ACAUGCUUAAAAAUAUCCGAGCAGUCGAUUGAGCACCACGCUUCACGUAGUCGUAUCUCUCUCAUAGAUGUAGUGCUCGUUCUCUAGCUCUAUCCAAAACAAAAGAUGUUGUUGUCGCAUCCGUCGCAGGCGCUUGCCACAGGCGAGAAAGAGGCUAAGCCGAAAACACCGUCACCGAGAAGAACGCAGCACUUUGCUGCUGCUUUUGUUAAGGCAUAGACCUUUUUUUUUCCUUGUUUUUUUUUCCUAUCCUAUCCUUGUUAAGGCAUAGACGCUAAUGAUCUAUCCUCUGAAGCAUCUUCCGUCUUGUAGCUGCUCUCACUCCCUUGAGAGUAAAAGAACAGCUCCAAGAUGACUUUCAAAAUUGGAGAUUUGGGUCACGAACUCUAACUCUACCAGCAGAGCAGCGAAGCGGGAGGUCGUCCAUCUGAACCAAAUAUCACCAGAACGAUUAGCCGAUGUUAUGCGAGGGUCAAAAUCCAUGAUUGGCCAUGAGGAGACGGUCAAGAAUUUAGCUCUGGGUGAAGAUGAUGUUGUAGGAGCUUUCCCGGCACCGCCGGGUCUUGAGGGUGCUGUUAGAGGCACGACUAGUGCUGGUAAAAAUGUAGCAGCUUCAAAUGCAAAAGAUCAGGAUGAUAUUAAGAGUAGACGACCUCUUGAUGGCGAACAUGCACACGGUGUAGUUAGAAAAGCUAGUAGUAAUGGUAGCAUCUUCGGAGGUGGAGAACGUGGUGGAACAAGUAAACUGAAUAUGAGCAAGUUACAAGGAGGAAAACACCACGGGUCGAAAUCGAUCCUGACCAACAAAGGAAGUGAUGGCAUGCGUCCUGCCGGCUCGAAGAACAUAGGUUUAUGGCUCUAGGAUAGUUGAUAUUGAUUUGACUCUUAAGAUUGUCUUCAUCGUGUUCAACAGUUCGUUGAUAAGGAGCAUGUCUGUGUUUGCCUCGAUGAUGAAUCCUUCUACCUAAACGAUCCAACUAAGAGCGCUCCACCUCUAAUUAAAACAAGACAAGGCAGCAAAGCAACGAUAGUGAUGUCAAGGCAAAGCAGCAAGAGGAUGAUGAUGGGUAGUCGGAACGGACAGCUAGUGCGAUACGUCAAAGCACCAAGACCGAGAAAACCAUGGGAAGCGGUAGGUCAACAUUUAAUUUGCCGACUACUUUUGACGAUGACGUAUAGGUAUACUAAGCAGACCAAGUAGACAGGUUCGUUGGUAUAGCGUUGUUGCUCAACAUCCUUGUUAAUCUACGUGUACUUAUCAGUCUCACAAUUUUCUCGUUUAUCUUCUACCCAUGAACCAAAAACAUACUAGGACAAGGAAGCCCGCAAGUCAUCGAAGCGCUCCUCGCAUCAUCGACACCAUUCACGUUGGCACCAUUUUUUGGCAACGUUUCACGUAGUAGAUGAAUCUGAGAGCGACUGGUCGGAUUCUCAGGAGGAACAAUGGGAGUUGCCGCCACACCCUAGGAAGAACUGGCUCUGCCGAUUUGCAGUGCCGUUUUCGGCGUUUUUGAGUGGUAUUCAGGUUAAGCACUACUUCAUGAUAUUGCAGCUGCUGUUUUAGAAGAUUUAAACGAUUUACUUGUUGCUUGUAGUGCUAAUUGUGCUGGUAUGUGGUCUGAAGCAUAAUAUCUUCACAGGGACGAUUUGCCUCAUCGUUUUCUUGGCUGGUCUGGCAAAUAUGAUGCCUCGCAAGGAGUCAACCUGCGAAGUGACCGGAUUCAAAAGGGGACUGCCUUGCGAAAGUUGUCAAUUUGAAGUCGCAGUUGCGGGAGUGACCACGCCAGCUACAUUUCAAGUGCAGUUUGGCUCAGAUGGCUUUCCCCUAUCGGAUGCUUUCGAAAAUUGCUCAAUCUCAAACGGAGACUGUUGCCUCUUUCAGACCAGAUCCGAGCGGGGGAUCUCUGAGUUCUGCGACGAUGCUCCGUGGCCGUGCACUUAUACGGUACAGUCUUUGAAGAUGUCCUCAGUGGUCCUCUUUCAUGUGCGUUGCAGGAAGUAGAGUAGUGUAGUCCUCUAAACCCCUGGAGUGGGUACAUACAUACAUACAUACAUACAUACAUACAUACAUACAUACAUACAUACAUACAUACAUACAUACAUACAUACAUACAUACAUACAUACAUACAUACAUACAUACAUACAUACAUACAUACAUACAUACAUACAUACAUACAUACACCAAUGUGGAGGAUGUAUUGUUCUGGUAUUCGGUAACCUGAUUUUGAUUAUAAGGGAAAACAAGAAGACAUGUGGAACAGUGUACUAGGUGAGGGCUCGGAUUAGCAACUAGAGGGUUCGUUAACCCUGAUUUUCUACUUGGCUUCAACUUCAAGAUCGUUGUCGUAGUCGUUCGACACAACUGUAUUAUGAAGUAUAUAUGACCUUGGUUCCGCAUCCGCCUUCUUUUUCACUCCGUCCAGCUUUCCAACGGCAAGACACCUGAAAACGUGGAGAGCGGUAGUAUGAUUACGAUGUACUACAUGUUGCUCGCGUCUGGGUUGAUCCUGAUCUUCGUCCUUUUGCCCUGCAGUAUGUAUCACUCACAGACCCAAGAACAGGACUACGAUGAGCAGUUGGCAAAAGCCAAGGAGGUGACACAGUCCAAUGUCGAACGAGAUUUGGAAAUGAACAGAUUGGAAGAGAUAUGGAUUGGGAACGUCUAGUACGUUGUAGAAGUCUUUGAAGCUUUUGUUCUUACACUUACUAUGAAUAUAUACCUCCCUACACCUACUACUUAUAUAUAAGUAUAUACCGCCCUACACCUACUUUUCUCUUUCUGAUACAAGUAGAUGACUCGUCUUGACCUUCCCUCUACUAACUUGAAGUAGCUGGUAAAUUACCAGAAAAACUCUUCUAAGACCCGAAGAGCACGAAAUAGCGCGUGCAGCUCAGGCGGCGAAGAGAGGAGCAGUAGUGGUGCAGAUGGCCCAAUCGUCGCAGACCAGCAGCUUCGGUUCGAGGGCCUGAGUUCGUGGGCAACUCGAACCCAGGCUGCAAAUGCACAAACCCACAAUUCACAAAGAAAAUUAUACGUACCAAUACAAAAUGUACCUAGUUCCACAUUCAUCCACUGAAAUCUUGUGGUCAUCUCGCAGUCGCAACAUGAAAUCGUUCCAUUUAAAUUCUGAUUCUUGUAGAUUAUAGUUUUUUGGGAGGAUAACAUCAAAUCGUUCUAUUUCUUGGUCUUACUUGCAUAAUUUGCAUUUAAUUGAUGUAAAAACAGUUUACUAGCGAUUUUGGUUGAAAAGAUGAGUAAUGCAUGUGUAGAGUUUUAACCGAAAAGGAAAAAGGUGGUGCUAGUAGCACCAGUGAUAUAGAAGAUAUACAUGAAGAUAGUCAACUUAAUAGGUUUCCGCUACCACGAGGUUCACCAGUCGUCAAGCAAUUGAAGUCGAGGUUGAUAUCAGAAUCUAUCUUCUAAAUGCUUCUUUAGUACAUAGACAAGCAAAAUAUCUAAUGGUUGUACAGCUACGGAGAUACACCAGGAGGUGCCGCUAACUAGUCAUUUUGUUGAAUAGACAUUGAAAAAUUUGGAACAAUUUGUUACAACAAUUUUCAAGUUGAUAAUGUUAAUGAAGAACAAGAUGAAUAGGAAUACAUGCUUCACGAAGAUUUACAAAUGUGCGCCAGAGCCAGAGUUGCGCAAGCUUGCGAAACUCAUUAUUUAGCUCUGGAUCUCACUU